AUGCUGAACAAGCUGUCCGGACAGCCCGAAAGCUAUGAGAAGAAGUCUCUCUACAAGUUUGGACGCACACUGGGUGCUGGCACCUACGGUAUCGUCCGCGAGGCCGAAACUCAAGACGGAAAGAAGGUUGCGGUCAAGAUUAUCUUGAAGAAGAAUGUCCGGGGAAAUGAGGAUAUGGUGUAUGAUGAACUGAAGAUGCUUCAGACGCUCCAACACCCCCACAUUGUGUCCUUCGUGGAUUGGUUCGAGUCCAAGGUGCGCAUUGCGUUUUUGGUCCUGUUGAGGUUUACAUUAUCUGACAAAAAAAAACAGGACAAAUUCUACAUUGUCACACAACUAGCCACUGGCGGCGAGCUGUUUGAUCGAAUCUGCGAGUAUGGCAAGUUUACUGAGAAGGAUGCGUCUCAGACUAUUCGACAGGUGCUUGAUGCAGUCGAUUACCUGCAUAAGCGAAACAUUGUCCAUCGCGAUUUGAAACCAGAGAAUCUUCUGUACCUUACUCGUGCGAUUGAUUCUGAGCUCGUCUUGGCGGAUUUCGGUAUUGCCAAAAUGUUGGCCACUCCGUCCGAGGUUCUGACCAGCAUGGCAGGGUCCUUUGGCUACGCUGCACCGGAGGUCAUGCUUAAGCAAGGCCACGGAAAGGCUGUCGAUAUGUGGUCCUUGGGAGUCAUUACCUACACAUUGCUUUGCGGUUACUCGCCCUUCCGCUCCGAAAACCUGACCGAUCUUAUCGAAGAAUGCCGCGCUGGCCGAAUCAUCUUCCACGAGCGAUACUGGAAGGAUGUAUCCCAGGAUGCCAAGGAUUUCAUCAUGUCCAUGCUUCAGACUGACCCUCACAAGCGAGUCACUUCCGAAGAGGCUCUUAAGCAUGAAUGGCUGACCGGAGAAUCCGCCAGCGACCGCGAUCUGCUGCCCGAGAUCCGGGCUUACAUUGCCCGUGCACGUCUUCGCCGUGGUAUUGAGAUCGUCAAGCUUGCCAAUCGUAUUGAGGCUCUGCGGAUGCACGAAGAAGACGAGACAGGUGAGGAUGACAUCCCCAGUCCCGUUGCAAUGGCCUCUGAAGGAGAGCCUGCCUCUGCUGGUUCAAGUGAAGAACAGUCCCCCGGUCACACCAAGAAGCGAAGUUUGAGCAAGAUUGCCCACGGUGGCGCUAUCUUCCGUGAGGUUGUUCUGGCUAAGGUUCGCGAGGCAAAGGAGAAUGAAGAGCGCGAGAAGGUUGAACGUGAGGCCCGUGAGAAGGCUUCUCAUCAUGCGUAA